CCGUUACUGCAUUUUAUUACCAAACAAAACCCCCGCCAACCUCGGACUUUGUCAUAAACCAUAAACUUUCAAAACAACCUUUUUUUUCCCCAAACACACACAAACACUGAAAAAAACUACUUAUAUUAGUAUACAAAAAAGGUGGAAUUUUCUCAGUUUUUUGUGCUGAUUUUUCCAAGAAUCUUCCAAGAGAAAAAAAGAGAUUCAAACACGUAUUCAAACAAAAUGUUACGUUCAAAAUCAAGAUCUGGGCCCAAUGAUAUAGGACAAAGGAGUCAUUCUUCAAGAUUUUCAAGAGCAAUUUCUGCAUCAAAGCUUUGUAGAGGUGAUGCUUUGGGCUGUCAAAUUGAUUCAAACGCCCUUGUUUCUCUUGAAAGAAAACCCUCCAAAGUUGACCAUUUAUCUGAGAAUCGGGUGAAUAAAAUUUUGCUGAUGCAAGAACAAAUGGGACAUCUUGAGGAGGAGUUGAAGCAGACAAAAGAGCAAUUAGAUUUUGUCGAAGGAGAAAAGAAUAGAGCAAUUCAUGAACUUAAGGAGAUGAGACAAGUUGCUAAUGAGGCUAAUAAGAAGCUAAAUGAGGGAUUAUCACCUAAGAAAGCAGGGGAACUAAUUGCUGAACUUAAGGCUUUGAGGGAAUUGAAUUCAAAAACACAAGAAGAAUUGAAGAUUAAAGAUAAGAAUAUCGAGUCGCUGAGGGUGGAGCUCGAAAGAGUGAAGAAAUACGAGGUCAAGUUAGCCGAAAAAGAUGCUAUGUUAGGAGGAUUGAGAGAGGAGAUGAAUCAUGUGAAAGCAUCUGAAAUUCAAGCAACAGAACAAUUGUCUGUUUUUAAGAAAAAGGUUAAAGAACUAGAAGUUGAAUUGGAUCAAAGGAAGUUAUCGGAGUCGAAAAUAUAUGAUUCGUUUGAGUCGCAGAUGAGGCAGUUUGAACAAGCUAAGAUCGAACUUGAAGAAGCCAAGCUCGAGAUGGCUUCACUUCGCGAGAAGGUUGAAUCGCUAGAGACUUCAUCGAAGAGAAAUAGCGGGCGCCUUAAUGGUUUUUCCAAUGGGGAGAUCGCCAAUUCUGUGAAGAAGGAACUCGAAAGCCUUAACUAUGAACUUGCUUUGGCAAAGGAGGAUGUGGCUAAUGCACAAGAGAGGGAGAAAAUUUGCCUGUCAAAGGCUAAGAAUUUGAACGACGAGAUAAGCUUGCUUAAGAAUGAAGUUAAGUUGGCUAGUGAGGCAGAGGAAAAAAGCAGAAAGGCGAUGGACGAUUUAGCAUUAGCGUUGAAGGAAGUUGCUACUGAAGCAUCAGAGGCCAAGGAGAAACUUAGUGCUACUCAAUUAGAGUUAGAACAAGUGAAAGAGGAAGCGGGAAAAUUGAAGGAGAUGGUUAGAAAUACUGAGGCCAGAUAUCAAAAGCUCUUGGAUGAGGCGAAAAAAGAGACGGACCUAUACAGAAAUACAGCAGACAGAUUGAGAUUAGAGACCGAGGAGUCACUUCUAGCGUGGAACGGGAAGGAGAUGGGGUUCAUCACUUGUAUAAAAAGAGCUGAAGAAGAA